UCGCGUUGAGAACUUGCUAUGCUUCCAUUCACUUGCCCUUAGACAGUUCGCUGUGGAAUGCCGAAGCGUGCAGACGUGUCUCUAGUGCCCAGCGUAGUCCGAAAACAACACGUGUCGCCCAACCGUCGAAAGUGAACACAGCCAAGUGUCCCCUACCCUUUAGGGAGAAGAAAAUCCCACGCACCUAACCCCAACCCGAAAACUAGCCUCAUAGCCUCACGACUAGUUAUUCAUUCCGAAUUAACUAGCUCGAUGAUGGCCCAGCAAUCGCGAACAGGCUCUCCGGAGCAGACUCGCAGCCACCUCGCGCUACCUCCCCCGUGGCAGAAGUGUCGCAGAUCUCUCCGCACCAACGACGCUAAUACUACCAAGAAACGGAAAAUAGAAACAACAACACAAAUAAACACUCACAACAGGUUCGCAGUAUUGGAAUCCUCAAACGACGCCAUGGAAAUCGUAGAACCGCCACCAAAUCAACAAUCACAGAGAAUCCCCCCUCCCCCACCAAUAUUUGUGGACGACGUCAUCGACAUGCAGACAAUGAUCAAGUCCCUAGAGAGAGAUAUCUCCAAGGAGGAUUAUAACCUUAAGAUAAGCAACAAUAAAGUAAAAAUACUGCCGACGAACCCAGAAGCUUACAGAAAACUCACCAAGAUACUCAGGACCCUGAACGCCAACUUCCACACCUACCAACUCAAACAGGAAAGGCCUUUCCGGGUGGUCCUACGAAACAUCCACCACUCAGCAGACAUAGACGAACUCAAAUACGAACUCUCAAAACUCGGCCACGAAGUCAUCAACGCACUCACUCCACUGACCAGUGCGCCAAAUCACCGGAAACCCCAGCGAAAUGCAUCCACUGUCAAGGGGACCAUCCUGCCAACUACAAAGGCUGCUCAGCCUAUAAAACACUAUACACGAACAGACGACACAGCGCUAUUAGCUACCCACGCAGACCCGGUAAUAGCCUCAUCCACUCUCCAGCGAAGUCUCGACUCCAUGGAAAAGUGGUUUCACAAAUGGGGCUUCAACAUCAACGAAAAGAAAUCCUCACAUGUAACCUUCACGCUCCGAAAACAAACCUGCCCCCAGGUCACCAUCAACAAUGCAACAGUUCCUAGCAGGGACACAGUCCGAUACCUGGGCAUGAUCCUGGACAGGAGACUAAUGUGGAAGAAACACAUCUCAGAUAAAACGAAGCAACUAAAGGACAAACUAAAAAAACUCUAUUGGCUCACGGGCCGACGCUCCAAACUAAACAUACAGAAUAAAAUUACCCUCUACAAGACCGUAAUAAAACCUGAAGAUGAAUCACCUGGUCAUCGUACUUACCCUCAUCGAAAUGGCAUAUGGCCUGGUAGGAUACGACUGCAAUGGCAACCACCUCAACGUUACCACCAUCUCUUUAAACUCCAUCGGGGACUGCAGCAUACAGCCUGCGAUGACAGAAACCAAAGACAUUUACAUUCAACUACUGCAACUCUCAGAAUUCGAAUUUAG